AUGGCCAUCGAGAGAUCAAAUGCUGGCUCGUCAACCAUGACAAUGGAGCCCAUCGAGCUGCAACCGGUCCGCCUGAGGACUGAUAUCGACACCUCUUCUAAGAGACCUUCCAUCGGCGGAAGGAGUCUAGGUUCGAGAAAAACUGAUGACUCCUCUGACGACCGCAACGAAACUCUCCCCUCGCCGACGACAGCUUCUGAGCGACCCGAAACAUGGAACUUCCCAAGGAGGAACAUCUACAAGCUGGCGGCGGCGUUCUGGGCUUUCGUGAUCAUGGGUAUGAACGAUGCGACUUACGGAGCCAUCAUUCCCUACCUCCAGGGUUACUACCAUCUGGAAUAUGCUGUGGUAUCUCUCGUUUUCCUCUCGCCUUUCGUGGGCUACAAUCUCAGCGCAAUCCUCAACAACGCGAUUCACCUGAAAUUUGGCCAGCGCGGAGUUGCAUUCCUCGGACCUCUUUGCCAUCUCCUCGCAUACAUCAUCAAUGCCGUUCAUCCACCGUACCCCGUUCUGGUUGUAUCUUUCAUCAUUGCCGGCUUCGGUAACGGGCUGCUGGAUGCUGGAUGGAAUGCCUGGCUGGGUGACAUGGCGAACGCAAAUGAGGUCCUGGGCUGCCUACAUGCUUUCUACGGUCUCGGUGCAACAAUCGCGCCGUUGAUCGCGACGACGAUGAUAACCAAGGCCAAUCUGCCAUGGUACUACUGGUACUACUGCAUGGUCGGAUUCGCAGGCCUUGAAUUGGCACUGUCUCCCCAUGCAUUUUGGAAAGAGACUGGAGCAAAAUUUCGUGAAGCCAACGCCCGUACGUCUAAUGAGGGCGGAUCCAGACUGAAAGAAGCAACUCUCAAGAAGCCAGCCGCCCGCGUGACUUGGUUGUGUGCUCUCUUUCUACUGGGAUACGUGGGCGUGGAGGUCGCUUUGGGUGGAUGGAUCGUGGAGUUCAUGAUUCGGAUCAGACAUGCUGCCAACUUCGCGAGUGGCAUGUCCGCCACCGGUUUCUGGCUUGGUAUGACAGUUGGCAGAGUAGUGCUCGGCUUUGUCACACCAAAGAUAGGAGAGAAGCUUGCCAUUAUGAUCUAUCUACCGCUUGCCAUGGCUCUCGAACUACUCUUCUGGCUAGUCCCUCACUUUUACGUGUCCGCCGUCGCAGUAGCCUUCCAAGGCUUCUUCCUCGGACCACUCUUUCCUGCAGCUGUAGUAGCUUGCACAAAGCUUCUCCCAAAACACCUCCAUGUAUCAAGCAUAGGGUUCGCGGCUGCAUUCGGCGGCAGUGGAGGUGCCCUAUUCCCGUAUGCUGUGGGAGCGAUUGCUCAGGCCAAAGGAGUGCAGGUCCUUCAGCCAAUUGUCUUGGCGCUCAUGGCUGUGAUUUGGCUCCUCUGGCUAAUGCUGCCGAGGAUGAACAAGAAGAGGGAGUGA